ACCUUAGCUAAGCUAAGUUAGGUCGGUUCAGUAAUACAUGAAUACAUUCAUAAAGUGCUACUGUAGUUUGUGCUUGCCGGUAAUAUUUACAUUCGUGUCAUUGCGAUAUGAGAGUCAACACUGUCGUACACCGUCAUGGUGUGCCACAUAGCACAUGUUAGGCAUUACACAUGUCAGCUGGAAUGGAUUUCCCCUCCAAGAACAUGUACGACACACUCAAAGAUGAAAUAUGGAAAGAGCUGGGGCCACUGGAUCCGGACUGGUUUGAGGCACUGACAGCUCAAACUACUGACGGGAAUGUCUCUGAUCAAGAUGACCUGUGUGCUAACCAAGAGGGGCAUUUUAAAGCCCCUUUUGAUAAAACUGCAGUAGACAGUCAGCUGUUUUCAACCCCCAAAGUUUUCAGACACAGUCGGAUUGUGUCACCUGAAACUGAGGACGAGCAGUGGUUCACUGCUGAAAAAGAAAAGGAAACGCUGUCAUGGAUGGCAACACAAAGUCCAAAUUUGUUUCACAAUGCAAAAGAGGGGAUCCCAGGUGCAAAAUAUGGAGGUAUUCAGCCUCAAAGUCAGGAUAGUUUUGGUCUGCUUCAUACUCCACAAAAAUCCCCAGUCAACUAUGCCAAAAAUAUAUCUGAAAGUCUUGGUGCACAGAUUCAUCAUGAUAUGUCAUGGACCAGUUCUCUGAACACCCCACCAGCAAUACCAUCCACCUUGAUUUUAACUAAACCUGAUGAGAGUCCCAUCCCAGCGAGUGUUUCUGCAGACAAAAAUGUUGUUUUUGUACGGAAGCUUUUCCCUUCUCUUUCAAAUUCAUCCAAAGUUGGAGUGGUGUCACCCAAAAACGGUGACAUGCCUACCAGUCAGCAAGGUGUUUCCCCUGAGGCUGAUCAGCAUCUAGAGUGCCAUACCUCCCCCCAGAGUUCACUGAAUCAGAGUGACUUUGUUUGGAGACAGAAGCUACCAGAUGCUAUUGAGGAUGGAGAAAUUCGCAGAACCGUAGCAAGUGUUCUUGAUGGAGCUGAAGAUGUUCUCUCUCUAUUUUUCACCAACAGUAGUUCAGCACUGAGAAAAGUAAAAACCGACAGAAUCAAAAGAAAGCAAAUCAUCCCAACAAAAGAACUUGGCUGCACCUCUACAGACGUCUUAACAUCAAACAACGCUGCAUCCAGUGGACAAAGAACAGCUGAUCAGGAGCCUGGCAGACUUCCCUCACCCCCACCUGUGAAAACUGGAGAUAUUGAAAUCACCCAGUGGUCUCCAUUGAGCUUAUCUGAAAUUCCACCUUGUACUGUGGAUACCUCGUGUCGUGAUAAUAGUCCUGCUACACAAAUGGAAAACAAUAUUUCCACAGAACAGCUACAGAAUGACUUUGAUUCUGGCCAGUUUGUCAGGCCACCUGUUAAAAUCAGAGACUAUGGAUUUACUAAGAAAAAGAGAAAGUUUGUUUACACUGUUGAGACGUCGGACCCGCAAGUUCUAGGGAAGGACACGCAGUCUCAAAAGAUGGAUUCAUCACCGGUGAUUCCAGAGUCUGGGCAAGAAGUGAAUGUGAAGCAGUUGCUGAAAGCCCCUGAUGAAGCAGAUUGCAUCGGGAAGAAUCAGAUGCAAAAACAGGGAAAUCUCACUGAAGAAAGUCCUCCAUCUGUUCAAGCAAAAGUCCAGGAACUUGACAUAUCGCAGCUUUCCAGAGAUUUUGCACAAGACUUCAGUCAAAUGUCAGACUCCGGUAAACUGAGUAAAGUAGCAGGGGAUACUCCUCAAAAUGGCUUCUGUCCAUCAGCUUGUCUUUCAGCCAUGAAACAUGCUAACCAGAAAGCAAGGCAAGCAAACCUUCACUAUGACUCUGAUGGCGUCAGUACCAGAUCUUUUUCCACCACUAAUCAACAUAGCUCCAUCAAUGAGGGCACAGGAAGUGACAGUGGAUUCCAGUCGGCUGUUGCAGAUAUCAGUUGUGUGACUGCAUCAUCAUUAGUUCUUCCCAGCUCUGAGAACAAUGGUCAAAGUCAACAGUGGACAGGCUUUAAAACUGAUAUCCACUGGGCCACUCCUUUUCCAUCUACAAAAAAAGGAAAUGGAAAAGUACAGUCGGAUGAUAUUUUACAAGAAGCUGAAACUGAUGCCAAUCAGUCCAGUGCAGUCAAGGACAGCCAGACAGUGGGCCCUGGGAGAGAGAUUGAGUUGCCCAUAGAGAACAAAUCAACACAACUAAUCAGCAGUGCAAAAAUAACUGUUGAUAAUUGCAUUCCACUUAAUGGUCAAGUUCAUGGCAGCCUGCCAGAGAAAACAACAGUUUCUCUUCCUUCUGUCCAUGCAUCAGGAUUCAAAACUGCUUCAAAUAAGGGUAUACAAAUUUCCACAGCCAACAUGGAGAGAGCCAAGCAUCUCUUUGAAGACACCAAAGUGGAAAGUUUUAGUGAUCAGCCCAUCAAAUGUGGCCAUGGUUCUGAAGAUAAACUGCGCAUGAGUCAUGGAUCAGUGAAGAAUCCAACCUCUAACUCAAACCAACCUUCUUCAAGUGAAAAAUCUGUGGAUAGCAGUUGCCAUUUAACAGCUUCACAAAAAGCUGAUGUGACCGAGCUGUGCACUUUCUUGGAAGAAGCAGAUAGCCAGUUUGAAUUUACACAGUUCAAAACUGCAAAGCUAAAACAACAUUGCCAAGAUACUGCCACCUCUGCCCAAAAAGUUGACAAAGAACUUGACCCUGAUUUUCUUACGGGUAUAGACUUUGAUGACAGUUUCAAUUCAGAUGGUGAACAGCACUUGGCAGUAACUAUGAUGCAUGACAAACUUACCUUAGUUUCAGAUGGUAAGCCAAAUCCUGAAACAUGCAUCACAGGUAAAUCCACAUGUUUGCCAUUGCCCAGUGCAAUUAAAAAAGAAAAUUCCUCUACUGAAGAUAUGUCUUUCUCUUCAAAGUACAUCUCUGAAGGCAGUAGAGGUAUUGUGUCAGCUAAAACCAAAAAUCUUGACAGAGCUGGGCACACUGAAACAAGCAAGCUGGAAAACAAAAAUCCAUUGAUGCUUGGUGUGGGAUUUAAGACUGCUGGAGGAAAUGUUUUGAGAGUUUCAAAAAAGUGUCUGAGCAAAGCAAGAGCUCUGUUUGCAGAUUUAGAUGAGAAUCUUGUGACAAGUCAAAAAUUCCCGGACAAGCUAAGUAGUGAAACUGAUGCUAAAACACAGCAGAAGUGCAGCAUGGACAAUCACACUGAUAACUUUUUGCAUCAUAAAGAAGAUAAUUUGAAGUUCACAGGUUAUGGUAAUGAUACUGUGGGCUGUUUUUCCACCAUGACGGAGUCUGUCAACAAAACGGAAACAACCAACUUGUGUCAAAGUGGUUUUCAAAUGGCCAGUGGCAAGGGGAUUUCUAUAUCAGCAAAAGCCAUGCAAGAGGCAGAUGCUUUCUUUAAAGACUGUGACGUUACAGAGAGUAACGUUGCCAUGUCAGUAAAACAGAAAAAGAACAUAGAACCCUUGCCAAGUGUCAGUCAUACGAAAAACCUUCAGAAAUGUAAAAAUGUUCAAGAGAUGGAAGUAAACUUUUCUGAAGAACCAGUCAGUGAAUUUGAAAAUGUGAGUGCUGAGUGCCAUACAGAAGUUGUGCAACAUAAUGUGGAGAUUCCCACUUUUGGUUUUAAGAAUACGCCAGCUUCUUUACAUGGAAACCCAUCUUCGUCUGCAAAAGCACUUCCAUCUGUCUCAUGCACAACAUCAAGGAAUAUUAGCUCCUCUGUCACCAGUGAAUUGAGUAAUGGUGGUGGAUUCUGUACAGCAAGUGGGGAGAAAGUAUUUGUGUCAGCUGAUGCAAUGAAGAAAGCGGAGGUUCUUUUGAAUGACAUUCAUACACCUGAGGACACAAACAAACAACUGAAACAAAAAGAUGCUUUAAGAACAGGUUACCUCGCUAAUCAAAUUCAGGUUUCACCACCCAAGAAUGGUGGCUUUCAGACAGCCAGCGGCAGAGGAGUUGCCAUUUCAUCUGCAGCUCUCAAGAAAGCAAGAUCAUUGUUGAGUCAGUGUGAUGAAGUUGAAGAAAAACCAACACAUUCUAAGAUGCCAGCUCCUGCUCUACCACCCAGGAAGUCAGUGGCAUUUUCAUCUGAUGCCCUCCAGAAAGCAAAAGCUCUCUUCAGUGACAUUAAUUUCAGUGCAGAGAUCCCAGCUGUUUCAGGCACAAGAAACAGUGACAAGAAACAAGUCAGUGCUGGAAAUAAGGAAAUAAUACAAUGUGGUUUCUCGACUGCAGGGGGAACAAAAGUCCAUGUGUCACAGAAAAGUCUGCUGAAAGCUAAAAACCUUUUGAAAGAAUUUGAUGAUGGUUCUGUUUCAACAAAAGCAAAGCAAGAAGCAGGUGCUUUCUUUAAGGACUUGGACAUUAUUGACGGUGAAGAUGGCAUGCUAGAAAAACAUAAGAAAAGUAUAAAACCUUUGAGUGGAAGUGACAAUGAGAGGAAAUUUAAACAAGAUCAGAGGGUGAGAAACAUUUCUGAAGAACCUGGAAGUGGAUGCACUGAGUUUGAAAAUGUGACUGUAAGACCAGUUGUGAACCAUGAAAAAAUGCUGCAUAGUGAUGAUGUAGAGAUUCCCAAAGGGGUUUUUAAGAACACGCCAGAUUCUACCAAUGGAGCAUCUUUACACGGAAACCCAUAUCUGAAGGCACAGACACUUUCUUCCCCAUUGUGCACAACAUCAAAGAACAUUGAUGCCGGAGCCAUCAAUGAAUUGAGCAACAGUGGUGGAUUUUGCACAGCCAGCGGGAAAAAAGUGUUGGAUGACGCUAUGACAAAAGCACAUUCACUAUUGAAUGAAAGUGCCACGGUUGAUGACACAAACAAAGAGCUGAAACACAAAGUAGAGACCAUGCCACCACAGAAUGGUGGGUUUCAGACAGCCAGUGGAAAAGGAGUUACUAUUUCAUCUGCAGCCCUAAAGAAAGCAAAAACUCUGUUAAGUGAAUGUGAAGGAGGUGAGGAUGAAAUCGGUGUAAAACCAACACAUUCCAAGAUGCCAGUUCCUGCUUUACCAUCCAGGAAUUGUGGAUUUCUUGCAGCCAGUGGUAAGCCAGUUGCAUUUUCAUCUGAGGCCCUCCAGAAAGCAAAAGCUCUCUUCAGUGACAUUCAUGUCAGUGCAGAGAUCCCAGCUGUUUCCGACACAAGGAAGAGUGAACACAAAGAUGCUCGAAAUGAUACAGAAAAAAAUCAUUGUGGUUUCACAACUGCAGGGGGAGCAAAAGUCCAUGUGUCACAGAAAAAUGUUUUGAAAGCAAAAGAGCUUUUAAAAAAUUGUGAUGAUGAUUGUAUUUCCACAAAAGAAAUGCAAGAUGCAGAUGCUUUCUUCAAGGACUGUGACAUAAUGGACGGUAAAGAAAGCAUGCCAUUAAAGCAUAGGAAAAGUAUUGCACCUGUCAGUGGAAGUGGCAGUAAAAAUAAAAACCUCUCAAAAUUUGAACAAGAUCAAAGGGCGACCAUAAACAUUUGUGAAGCACCUGGAAGUGGGUGCUCUGAGUUUGAAAAUGUGACCGUGGGACCAGUUUUGAUCCAUGAAAAGAUGCUGCAUAGUGAUGACGUGGAGAUUCACAAAGGGGUUUUUAAGAACAUGCCAGAUUCUACCAAUGCAGCAUCUUUACACGGAAACCCAUCUUUGAUAUCAAAGCCACUUUCUUCCCUAUUGUGCACAUCCUCAAAGAACAUUGGUUGCUCUGACAUCAAUGAAUUGAGCAACAGUGGUGGAUUCCGCACAGCCAGCGGAAAACAAGUAUCUGUGUCGGAUGACGCUAUGACAAAAGCACAGUCUCUAUUGAAUGAAAGUGCCAUGUUUGAUGACACAAACAAAGAGCUGAGACACAAAGUAGAGACAGUGCCACCACAGAAUGGUGGGUUUCAGACAGCCAGUGGAAAAGGAGUUGUUAUUUCAUCUGCAGCCCUAAAGAAAGCAAAAACUCUGUUAAGUGAAUGUGAAGGAGUUGAGGAUAAAAUCGCUGUAAAACCAACACAUUCCAAGAUGCCAGGUCCUCCUCCACCUCCCAGAAAUGGUGGAUUUCGUGCUGCCAGUGGUAAGCCAGUUGCAUUUUCAGCUGAGGCCCUCCAGAAAGCAAAAGCUCUCUUCAGUGACACCAGUUUCAGUACAGAGAUCCCAACUGUUUCAGACACAAGAGAGAGUGAACACAGGGAUGCUCGAAAUGAUACAGAAAAUAUACAUUGUGGUUUCACAACUGCAGGGGGAGCAAAAGUCCAUGUGUCACAGACAAAUCUUUCGAAAGCAAAAAACCUUCUUAAAGAAUUUGCUGAUGGAGAGUAUCAUUCAAAUUCUAAUCUUGCCACAGCCAGUGACAAACAGCCCACAAAGGAAAGUGCCCCUCAGGUGGUUAAACCUUUAACCUCUUUGCAAGUGACUGACAAUGAAAAUGAAACUGAAAGACUCCUCAAAGAAAAGGCAUCUACAGACAGAUUUAAGAUUGAAGAAGGUAAAAUUACCUCAUCAGUGGUGGGCAACCUCCAUGACAGCCUCGGAGAGGAAAUGUCAAGUGUGUCGGACUAUGAAAUAAAUCAGAUAAGCAGCAGUGAGGGAUCUCAGGUAAAAAAGACAGAAGAAUCUCCGGUUCUAUUCUUUCAGUCACUUAACCUAAGUGGAUGCACUGAAACCCAGCAGAAGUUUCUUGCCCAGGAAGCUCUGGACUGCACUAAAGCUCUGUUAGAGGAUGAAAGUCUAAGACUCUCAAUGACUUCAGAAAAUGUGCCACUGCAAGAUAACCAAAAAUGCAGCAACAAAUCUGUUGAGGAACAAAAAGGGACAGGAAAAAGACUCACAGAGGACCCAGAUAUGGCUGGUCAGCCUCCCCUGAAAAGACGAUUACUGGAAGAAUUUGACAGGACUGUUGAUGGUCCAAGAGGUUCAACACUCCGUCCGGAAAUAAGCAGUCCAAAUGUUGUAAUGAAAGACAGGAGAGUUUUCAGAUACAGCGUCUCUCUUCAUCCAAACAUCACGACACCCCAUAGGAAUGGAAUAAAUUAUGUGGAAACCAGAUUGCAAAAGACAACACCAACACGGCACUCAACCCCAGGAGACAGCAGGUCAGCACAUUCCAAGAUGCCCACGUUUGUUCCUCCAUUCCUUAAGAGUGCAAAGACAGAGAGUCGCAAGAAUACAGUGCUCAAGGACAACAUAAGAACACCUCCUGUGUUUGUUCCUCCAUUCAAAAAACAAAGAACUAUUGUCCAACAGAGCUCCUCUAAACCACAGGAGGAGGAGGAUAAAAACCACCAUCUGUUUGUAACGCCCUUCAACAGCAACACUUAUGUACCACCCACUAAGAAAACACAAAGCACUACAGAUGUAACUGGUAAUAAAAGCAAGGACAUUCAGACUGUGGCUUUAGCCGAUACUACAAAUGAUAAUCUGAUUCAUAAUCAAAACCUUCCUGUGGGUUGUGGAUCAGAGAACUCACGUGUGGAGGAUACAUUGUCCAGAAGCCAAGACAUGUUUCAGAAUCUUCCUAACGUAGAGCUGGCACGAGAUAUGCAAGACAUGAGGAUCAGGAAAAAGAAGCGCCAGAACAUUCGGCCUUUGCCAGGUAGUUUGUUUCUAACCAAAACCUGUGGAGUGUCGAGGAUACCAUUAAAAGCUGCAGUGAAUGGAAAGCCUCCUGCGAGAUACACCCAAAAGCAGCUGUAUGAAUAUGGAGUUCAUCAGCAUGUGUACGAGAUCACCAGUGAGACUGCAGAAUCUUUUCGCUUCAAUUUACAGCAGUUUGUCAAAAAGGAAGCAUUUAUAGACGGAGGUGGUGUUCAACUUGCUGAUGGAGGAUGGCUGAUCCCCAGCAGUGAUGGGACUGCAGGGAAAGAAGAGUUUUAUAGAGCAUUGUGUGACACCCCUGGUGUGGAUCCUAAACUGAUCAGUGAGGAUUGGGUGUACAAUCACUACAGAUGGAUUGUAUGGAAGCAGGCCUCCAUGGAAAGAUCCUUUCCAGAAACAAUGGGCAGCCUCUGUCUCAACCCAGAGCAGGUUCUCCUUCAACUGAAGUACAGAUAUGAUGUAGAGGUGGACCACAGUCGCAGGCCGGCUCUGAGAAAGAUCAUGGAAAAGGACGACACAGCAGCCAAAACUAUGGUCCUCUGUGUUUGUGGGGUUGUCUCAAGGGGUCUCUCCCCCAAAAAACACAGUUUUAGUGACAUCAAGACUCCAGGUACUGAGUCCAAGGUUGAAAACCCUUCUGCAGUUGUUUGGCUGACAGAUGGAUGGUAUACAAUUAAAGCCCAGCUGGAUGAACCUCUGACUGCCAUGCUGCACAGAGGACGACUGGCUGUCGGUGGGAAGAUAAUCAUCAAUGGGGCUCAGCUGGUGGGAUCACAAGAUGCUUGCUCCCCUCUGGAGGCCCCUGAAUCUCUCAUGUUAAAGAUUUGCGCCAAUAGCAGCAGGCCCACACGAUGGGAUGCUAAGCUUGGAUUUCACAAGGAUCCACGACCAUUCCUGCUUCCUGUCUCCUGUUUGUACAGCAGUGGAGGCCCAGUAGGAUGUGUGGACAUUGUCAUACUGAGAAGCUACCCCAUACAGUGGAUGGAGAGGAAACCAGAUGGAGGUGUUGUGUUCCGUUCUGUUCGUGCAGAAGAGAGAGAGGCGAGACGAUACAACAGCCACAAACAAAAAGCUAUGGAGAACCUAUUUGCGAAGAUUCAAGCUGAAUUUGAAAAGGAUGAGAAAGGUAAUAACAAACCUCAACGAAGAAGACGGACAAUGACUCGUAGGGAUAUUGCGAGUCUCCAAGACGGAGAGGAGCUCUAUGAAGCAGUGGGGGAUGACCCAGCUUACCUCGAGGCUAAUUUGAGUGAACAGCAGUUGGAGACUCUACGUACCUUCAGGUGUUCUCUGCUGGAGAAAAAGCAGGCUGAACUGCAGGAUCGGUAUCGACGAGCUUUAGAAAAUGCAGAAGACUGCGAAGGUAGCUGUCUGAAGAGAGACGUUACACCCGUGUGGAGACUCUGCUUUGCUGACUCCAUAGGCCAACCUGGCAGUGUGUACCAGUUGAACCUUUGGCGGCCUCCCUCCGAUCUUCAGUCUUUAUUGAAGGAAGGCAGUCGAUACAAAGUCUAUAACCUCGCCACUUCGGAUGGAAAGAAACAUGGCGGUAGCACAACUGUUCAGCUGACUGGGACAAAGAAAACACAGUUUCAGGACCUGCGGGCUUCUAAGGAAUGGUUAGCAACACGUUUUCAACCGAGGGCCUGUAGCCAUUUUGUGGAUCUUCAAAACCAAGAAUUGCAGCCACUGUGUGGAGAGGUCGAUCUCACCGGAUACGUCAUCAGUAUCAUAGAUGGACAGGGUUUCUCUCCAGCAUUUUAUUUGGCAGAUGGGAAACUGAACUUUGUAAAAGUGCGCUGUUUCAGCAGCUUGGCUCAGUCUGGCUUGGAAGAUGUGGUAAAACCAUGUGUCCUGUUGGCUCUGAGCAACCUGCAGCUGAGAGGUCAGUCCAUGUCUCCCACUCCUGUUGUGUACGCUGGAGAUUUGACUGUCUUCUCAACAAACCCCAAGGAAGCUCAUCUCCAGGAAUCCCUCAGCCAACUCAGAAACCUGGUCCAGGGCCAGGAAGACUUCUUUCUAACUGCUGAGGAGAAGCUGUUGCAUUUAGUCAAAUCUGAUGGCCUUACGUCCAUCUCCUCUCCAGCUCUGCAAACACGAACCCCAGCUUCGACAAUACACAGAAGACAGGACACAAAGACGAAUCUGACGUCUCAGCAGCCAGUCAGAAGCCUUGGAUCCUUUACGCCUGUUAGCAGGAACCCUCCUGCAAAAAACUGUUCAACAGAGAAAGACCCUACCAGCUUGAAGAGGAGGAGAGCUCUGGACUAUCUGUCUCGUAUCCCAUCUCCACCACCUCUCCCCCACCUGGGCUCAGUGGUUUCUCCAUGUAUAAAAAAGACAUUCAACCCCCCUCGGAGGUCUGGGACACAAAGCACUUUAAAAACUGCACAGACUCCAGCUCGCAAACCCGUCAGUUCACCGGUGGAAGAUGAAUGGGUGAAUGACGAGGAACUGGCUAUGAUUGAUACUCAGGCUUUGCUUGUUGGUGAUUUAGGUACAUAAGACUGUAUGAUGAUGAUGAUGAUGAUGAUGAACACACUAAACUUUUAAAAAACUGUACAAAUGAGUGGAUGCUAAGGCUAAAAGUCUGCAUGUGGCACAUAUUCUGUGGUUGUUUUUGUAGUCUCUGGACUCAUUAAAGAGGUGAAAUC